GCCGGCAGAGGAUGUCUGUCAUUUAAAGAGUGAGGCUGAGAGCUCCGAGACAUCCCAGAGACUGCACCGGCAGGGAGGGGGCACUGGAGAGACCUCAGCAGGGAGGAGACAUCUGCUGCUGCAUCACCUGCUCAGCCAUUGCAAGGAGAGACAGCCUCACAGGCAGAGAGAAUAAAUAUGGAGGACAUUGUGAUAGCUGGAAUAGCGGGUCGGCUCCCGGAAUCAGACAAUCUGCAGGAAUUCUGGGAAAACCUUAUAGGAGGAGUGGAUAUGGUGACAGAUGAUGACAGAAGGUGGAAGCCAGGUCUAUAUGGAUUACCAACCAGAAAUGGAAAACUCAAAGAAAUCAACAAAUUUGAUGCAUCAUUUUUCGGAGUUCACCCCAAGCAGGCUCAAACCAUGGACCCACAGUUACGUUUACUUUUGGAAGUUGCCUAUGAAGCCAUCGUAGAUGGAGGUAUUAACCCCUCAGAUCUACGCGGCACAAACACAGGUGUCUGGGUAGGUGUUAGUGGGUCAGAAGCCGCAGAGGCCUUAAGUCGAGAUCCAGAAGAAUUGCUUGGAUACAGCAUGACUGGAUGCCAACGUGCCAUGUUUGCCAACCGUAUAUCAUACUUCUUUGACUUUAAAGGGCCCAGUGUGGCUAUAGACACCGCGUGCUCUUCCAGCUUAUUGGCCUUAGAAAACGCAUACAAGGCAAUCUACCAUGGACAGUGCGACUCUGCAAUCAUAGGGGGAGUCAAUUUGCUGCUCAAACCCAACACAUCAGUACAGUUCAUGAAACUGGGCAUGCUGAGCCCGGAUGGAGCAUGCAAGUCGUUUGAUGCCUCAGGAAAUGGAUAUUGUCGCUCUGAAGCAGCUUGCGCUGUCCUGGUCACUAAGAAGUCUCUGGCCAAGCGAGUGUAUGCGACCAUUGUGAAUGCUGGGAGUAAUACUGAUGGCUAUAAAGAGCAAGGAGUGACCUUCCCAUCCGGUGAAGUGCAGCGGCAGUUGCUAAACGCUUUGUACCAGGAAUCUGGAAUCCAGGCCAAUGAGGUGGAAUACGUGGAGGCCCAUGGUACAGGCACUAAGGUUGGGGAUCCCCAAGAAGUGAAUGGGAUUGUGAGCGUUUUCUUCAAGUCAGAAAGAGAACCAUUGUUACUUGGAUCCACCAAGUCAAAUAUGGGCCACCCGGAACCUGCCUCGGGUCUUGCUGCAUUGUGUAAGGUCAUUCUGUCUCUUGAACAUGGCAUUUGGGCCCCAAAUCUCCAUUACAAGAAUCCAAACCAAGAUAUUCCUGCUUUGCAAGAUGGAAGAAUCCAAGUAGUGACUGAACCCAUCCCAGUAAAAGGUGGUAUGGUUGGCAUCAAUUCCUUUGGAUUUGGUGGCUCCAAUGUCCAUGUGAUCUUGAGACCAAACCCGAAGAGAUUAUCCUCUAGUGGGGGCUCCCUUCCUCUUCCUCGCCUGGUUCAGAUAUGCGGACGGACACAUGAGGCUGUUGAGGCUCUAAUAGAGAAAAGUCAAAAACUUGCCUCAGAUGCCACGAUUGUGAGCCUGCUGAACAACAUCUCUGGAAUGCCCUCUACAGCCAUGCCAUACCGUGGAUACACACUUGUGGGAACGGAAAGUGAUGUGAAGGAAAUUCAACAGACGCAAGCAUCUGGUAGACCUCUGUGGUACAUUUGUUCAGGAAUGGGUACACAGUGGAAAGGAAUGGGUCACAGCCUCAUGAACCUGGAUAUAUUCCGGGAGUCCAUUUUCCGAUCUGAUGAAGCUCUAAAAGGAACCGGAUUGAAAGUGUCAGAACUUCUUCUCCACGCCGAUGACAGCACCUUUGAGGACACUGUCCAUGCAUUUGUUGGACUGGCUGCCAUUCAGAUUGCUCAGAUUGACAUGCUCAAAGCAAUGAAACUGGCACCUGAUGGCAUUGUUGGGCACUCAGUUGGAGAGUUAGCUUGUGGAUAUGCAGAUGAUUCACUUAGCCACACAGAAGCCAUACUCGCUGCUUACUGGAGGGGACGGUGCAUCAAAGAGGCAAAACUCCCACCAGGUGGAAUGGCUGCAGUAGGGCUGACUUGGGAGGAAUGUAAAGUUCAGUGUCCGGAGGGAGUGGUGCCGGCCUGCCAUAACUCUGAGGAUACAGUCACCAUAUCUGGCCCACAGGAUUCGGUGCGAGGCUUUGUUGCAAAACUCAAGAAAGAAGGGGUUUUCGCCAAAGAAGUGCAGAGUGCAGGAGUGGCCUUUCACUCCUAUUACAUGGCGUCUAUUGCUCCAUCGCUUCUCAGUGCCCUGAAGAAAGUCAUUACGGUUCCUAAGAGGCGCUCUCAUCGCUGGAUCAGCACGUCCCUACCAGAGGCCCAGUGGCAAAGCGAGCUCGCUCAGUUCUCAUCAGCGGAAUACCAUGUCAAUAAUUUAGUCAGUCCAGUCCUCUUCCAGGAAGGCUUGCAGAGCAUCCCAGAAAACGCUGUGGUGGUGGAGAUCGCCCCUCAUGCCCUCCUCCAGGCAAUCUUGAGGAGAAGUUUGAAGCCAACCAACACAAUCCUCCCACUAAUGAAAAAAGGACAUAGCAACAAUCUGGAAUUUUUCCUUACAAACAUUGGAAAAGCCUAUUUAAAUGGAAUCAAUGGUCAGUGUGAUAACAUCUACCCCCCGGUUGAGUAUCCUGUUCCCGCUGGGACACCCCUCAUCUCCCCCCUCAUUCAAUGGGAUCAUAGCCAGACGUGGGAUGUUCCCAAACCUGAAGACUUCCCUGCUGGUUCAGGCGGGUCUACGUCAUCUACAGUCUAUAACAUAGAUAUGAGCCCAGAUUCCCCAGAUCUUUUCAUGGUCGGACAUUGUAUUGACGGUCGGGUCCUGUACCCUGCUACGGGCUAUUUGGUUUUGGCGUGGAGAACAUUAGCCAGAUCCUUGGGAGUUGUCAUGGAGCAGACACCUGUCAUAUUUGAAGAUAUUACAAUUCACCGAGCAACAAUCCUCCCCAAAACAGGAGUCGUCCAACUGGAGGUUCGUCUAAUGCCAGCAUCUAAACGGUUUGAAGUCUCUGAAAAUGGCAGUCUGACAGUUAGCGGGAAAAUUUCCAUCAUGGAAGACAACGUUUUAAGUGAUUUCCAGAAACAACUGGCAGAUACCGUGAUUGAUAGCAAAGAGACAGAGGAUUUCUUGUUGUCAGACAAGGAUGCAUACAAAGAGUUACGGCUGCGAGGAUACGACUACGGGCCGACCUUCCAAGGCAUUAUUGAAGCCAAUAGCAAAGGUGACAAGGGGAAGUUGCUGUGGACUGAGAACUGGGUGACCUACCUGGACACUAUGCUGCAGAUGCUGAUUUUAGGGAUAAAUGGCCGCAGCCUCCGCUUACCCACAAGGAUCCAGUCGGUUUACAUUGACCCCGCAACCCAUGAGGAAUCGGUGUGUUUGUGUUCAGAUGACAAAAAAGCUAUUCCUAUUGGUGUGAACAAAUGCCUAGAAAAAAUUACAUCUGGAGGGGUACAGAUAUCUGGCCUCCAUGCCACUAUUGCUCCACGGCGCCAGCAGCAGCAAACCCCACCUACCCUGGAGAGAUUUGUCUUCACCCCUUACUUUGAAGAUGACUGUCUACGAGGUGUCAAUGACCUACAUUCUCUUCUACAACAAUGCACAGAUAAGAUCUGUGAACUACAGUCAAAAGUGGCCCAGCACAGAUUACAACUACACAUUCCUGGAAUCAAAACUGCAGAAAGAGCUCAAAAGAAUAUAAAAAUGAGCACGUUGCCCGACCAUGGCUUCCUACAUGUCCUCACAGAGAUCUGCAACCUUGAGCUAAAUGGAAACUUGCACUCUGAACUGGAGGAAACUUUAACCCAGAAGAACAGUCAGCUCCAAGAUGAUCCGCUUUUGAACGGUCUGCUCACUUCACCUCAUCUGAAAACGUGCCUGGAUAUAGUUCUGGAGAACAGCAAUCCCCAAAGAAUGAAGAUUAUUGAAGCACUAACGGGAAAUGAGAAUCUGUCUUCUUAUGUCCUGAGUCUGCUGAACACUCAGCCCAUGCUGCAGAUAGACUACAUCGCCACUGACCGGACUCUGGAAAUCCUCUCUACAAUGGAGGGCAAUCUAAAAGAAGCUGGAGUUUCCAUAGAGCAGUGGGACCCGUAUACUGCUCCUGCUAAUAAUGUAACCGGCGCUGACCUACUGGUGUGUAAUAGCUCGGCACAUCUGCUACAGGAUCCGAGACAAGUUAUCCCCAAUAUGGCAGCCACUGUGAAGGAUGGAGGAUUCAUUCUGCUUCAUACACUUCUGAGGGGAGAUAUUCUAGGCGAGACCAUUGCCUUUUUGAGGACCCAAAAUCUCCAGCAGAAAGAUGGCCUCCUUACCCAGGCAGAAUGGGAGGAGUUGUUUGACAGUGCCCACAUGGACGUGGUUGCCAUGAAAAAGUCCUUCUACAACUCAGUCAUUUUCUUAUGUCGUCGACGUACCCAAGAGAAGAAACAUGCUGUCCUUUCAAUUGAAAGCAUGGACUGUGCAUGGGUGGAAUCCCUGAAGGAAGCCAUGGCAGAGUCAUCAGACCAUCAUAUAUGGCUAACAGUCUUGAAUCAACCAAACUCUGGUAUUGUUGGAAUGGUAAACUGCCUGCGCCAGGAGCCAGGCGGGAACAGAAUAAGAUGCAUCUUUAACUCUGACGUGAAUGCAUAUGAAGUCUUCAAUAAAGAGGUUCAGCAGCAGCAGAGCAAGGACCUGGUGAUGAAUGUCUACCAAGAUGGAAGGUGGGGAUCUUUCCGUCACAUCCCCUUUCAGAAAGAACAAGCUCAGGAUGAAACAGCCUAUGCCUUUGUGAAUGUGUUGACUCGAGGAGACCUCUCCACCUUGCGCUGGAUUGCAUCUCCCCUACGCAACUUUCAAACUACCAAUCCCAGCAUGAAACUGUGUAAAGUCUACUAUGCAUCACUCAAUUUCCGUGAUAUCAUGUUGGCAACUGGGAAGCUGCCCCCCGAUGCCAUACCUGGAGACAUAGGCCUACAACACUGCAUGCUGGGAUUUGAGUUUUCAGGACGUGACCCUACAGGAAAAAGAAUCAUGGGAGUCCUUACAGCAAAAGGCCUUGCCACUGUUGUGGACGUUGAUCAGCAAUUCUUGUUUAAUGUACCAGAAGACUGGUCUUUAGCUGACGCUGCCUCAGUUCCUGUGGUCUAUGCUACAGCGUACUAUGCCCUGAUUGUGCGCGGACGGUUGAGGAAGGGUGAGAGCAUCCUAAUCCAUUCUGGAUCAGGUGGUGUUGGCCAAGCUGCAAUAGCCAUUUGUCUUAGCAUGGGUUGCCGUGUCUUCACAACAGUAGGAUCUUCUGAAAAGCAGCAGUAUCUCCAGAGCAGAUUCCCACAGCUUGACGACAGCUGUUUUGCAAAUUCCCGGAACACGUCUUUUGAGCAACAUGUUCUCACUGUUACAGGAGGGAAAGGAGUGGACCUAAUCUUAAACUCACUGGCAGAGGAAAAACUGCUGGCUAGUCUCCGCUGUCUGGCCCACCAUGGACGCUUCUUGGAAAUUGGGAAAUAUGAUAUGUCAAACAAUACUCCAUUAGGAAUGGCUCUUUUCCUGAAGAACGUGUCUUUCCAUGGCAUUCUGCUUGACGCCCUUUUCGAAGAAAGAAACAAGGAUUGGGAGGAAGUGUCUGAUCUACUGAAGUCUGGAAUUAAAAGUGGAGUAGUGAAGCCACUAAAGUGCACCAUCUUCAGUCACGAUGAGGUGGAGCCAGCCUUCAGGUUUAUGGCGCAUGGAAAGCACAUUGGCAAAGUCCUGAUAAAGGUGCGUGAUGAGGAGCCAGGGUCAACUCAUGAAUCUGAAGUUCUUCUUUCUGCUGUUCCUCGAACAUCCUUCCCCUCAACAAAGUCCUACAUCAUAACUGGAGGACUUGGUGGAUUUGGCUUGGAGUUGGCUCAGUGGUUAAUUGAGAGAGGUGCCCGGAACCUCAUUUUAACUUCUCGAUCUGGGAUAAGGAAUGGUUAUCAAGCCAAGCAAGUCCAGAGCUGGAAGCAAGCAGGAAUUACUGUGGUUGUUUCGACCAAAGAUGCCGCUUCUAUAGGGGGAGCUCGUCAAUUAAUAGAUGCUGCAUCAGAGUUAGGACCAGUGGGUGGCAUAUUUAACCUAGCCAUGGUGCUAAAAGACGCCAUGAUUGAAAACCUAUCCCCAAAACUGUUCCAAGAUGUGAACAAACCAAAGUAUGAUGGCACUCUUAAUCUGGACAGAGUCAGCAGAGAGAAGUGUCCAGAGCUGGAUCAUUUUGUGGCAUUCUCGUCAGUGAGCUGUGGGAGAGGAAAUGCCGGCCAAAGUAACUAUGGAUUCGCCAAUUCAACAAUGGAGCGUAUUUGUGAAAAGCGACGUCGGGACCAUCUGCCAGGCUUGGCAGUGCAAUGGGGAGCUAUUGGUGAUGUGGGUGUCAUCCUGGACACUAUGGGCAGUAAUGACAUAGUGAUCGGUGGCACAUUACCUCAGAGGAUCAGUUCUUGUCUGGAGGUUCUUGAUCAGUUCCUAAACCAACCUCAUCCUGUUAUGUCCAGUUUUGUGUUAGCUGAGAAGACAAUCUCUGUGAAAACCAAAGGAGCUGGACAACAAGAUUUGGUGGAAGCUGUAGCUCACAUUUUAGGUGUCCGAGACGUAACCAGGUUGAAUCCUGACACCACUCUGGCUGACUUAGGAUUGGAUUCUCUCAUGGGUGUGGAGGUGCGACAGACGCUGGAACGUGAUUAUGAUAUCGUCAUGGCAAUGAGGGAAGUUAGACAACUGACAAUUAACAAACUUCGUGAGCUCUCUUCCAAGCCUGGACAUAAUGAAGAAUCCAAACCCUCCCAGAAAACCUCUGGGCAACCAGAUCUCAGCUUCCUGGAUCUUAAUAAACUCCUGGUGAAUCCUGAUGCAUCCACAAUCACCAAGCUGAACGAUGUACAAACGAAGGAACAUCAUCUCUUCCUGGUGCACCCCAUUGAGGGAUCUAUUGCAGCAUUCCAGAAUCUGGCUUCAAAACUAAACAUUUUCUGCUAUGGACUCCAAUGUACAAAAGCCGCUCCUUUGGACAGCAUUCAGAAUCUUGCUGCCUACUACAUCCAGUGUAUAAAACAAGUGCAGCCGGAGGGCCCCUACUGCAUCGCCGGCUACUCGUUCGGAGCCUGUGUGGCCUUUGAGAUGUGCUGCCAGCUGCAGGCUCAGCGGGACGGCACACACGCCGCCGACAGCCUGUUCCUAUUUGACGGGUCACAUUCGUAUGUUGCUGCAUACACACAGAGCUAUCGUGCCAAACUAACUCCCGGCAGCGAUGCUGAGGCUGAAACGGAGGCUCUGUGUGCGUUCAUCCAGCAAUUCACUGGAACGGAAUAUAAUAAGCUGCUGGAGACUCUUCUCCCCCAGAAGGACCUGGAGACCCGAGUCAAUGCCGCAGUGGAGCUGAUCACACAGAGUCACAAGUCCAUCAACCACGACGCCCUCCAAUUUGCGGCUUCCUCCUUCUACUACAAGCUGAAGGCUGCGGACCAGUAUGUCCCGGUCAAUAAAUAUCAUGGAAACAUCACCCUGCUGAGGGCAAAGAUCAGAAACGAGUAUGAAGAAGGGCUGGGGGCAGACUACAAAUUAUCCGAGGUAUGUGACGGGAAGGUGUCAGGUUCAUGUCAUAGAAGGAGAUCACCGCACAUUUCUGGAAGCACCUGGUGUUGACUCUAUCAUCAGCAUCAUCCAUAGUUCACUAGCUGAACCCCGCACAAGUGUCCGUGAGGGUUAAAAAAAAGUGCACUAGUGUGUUGCACUGAAGCUGUCAUCUCCUUACCAGGUUUCUAUAGGUUCUGCUAACACAAAGGAGAAAUUUGCUUCAUUUAACACACUGGACUGGGCAUACGGCCCCUUUCACGUCAGCAGAGUACGCCCAUGUGAGCAUGCCCAUGUCAUCCGGUUAGUCCAGUGCCAUAAUGGUACCUCAAGUGACCAGCAACCCUGGAACACUCACUGUUUAUGUCCAUUACACCUUUCUCUGCUCUAUGUGUACCAACGCACAGCAAGAUUUCCCAUUCCUUCUACCUAGAGUAGGGGUAGAGUUCAUUUUGAAGCAUGUUAUUCUUAUCAGUAUUCCAAAGGCAAGACUUUAGCACUUAGAAAACCCUACACACCACUUUUCAAUGACCAGUUCUUCAUCUCUGAGGCAUAGCCUUGCCUGUGAAGAGACAGAGAGGUCUUAUAAUGACUGGGGUCUUCAUGCGGUGGAGCCCUCAUCAAUCUUAUUGUCUUGGUGGUUGUGUAUUUUUGUAAUUUUUUUUAUGUAACGUAAUUUAUUGUAUCUCUUAUCUCUCUUCGGGUCACUCACUCAUUGGAGAUGCAGUCAGCUCCAUCUUUGUGGACACCUUCAGUUGUUGAUCUGCACUUGUAGAACUCUUCAAGACCUUCCAAGAGGGGAUCAAAACGUGCUAAAAACACAAUGCAUAAAUUACUACACAAGAAGCCGUCAUGCCCAGUUUUUGACUUCAGACACAAUACUGUAUGGUAGUGUCCUGAAGACUUGAUUGUGUUGUGACGGCACUUAUACAUUGUGUUUGGACACGUUAACCAUUAUAUGAUGGGCCAACAAUAUUUAAUGCUUGGAAAUAUUGCAGUUCUCUGUGAUGAGAGUUUGCAAACCUGCAUGCAAUGGCCUUUGAGUUAAGACUCAAGCAAAUAUUAGGCAUGGGGUUUAAGCAUCAUCUGGUGGGGGAGUGAUCAUUUCACCUGUUCAUGUAGCCGGUGAAUCUACACUGGAAUUUUCCUUGAAGGAAACGAGAAGUUCUGCUGCACCUAUGACACAGUUGAGGGGUGGACACAGGUUCAAUGUUCUCCCAGAUGAAGGCUCAGAACCUAAAGCUGCAUUAAGGAUUGAUUCCUUGCAGAUCUUCAAGACAUGCUGGUGCUUUCACUGUCAGUAUCAACACCUGAUGAGAUCCUCCUUCUGUUGACCGCAGCAGAACGACUUUUAUGUAGACCUAAAUUUUAAUAACGAGAAAUAAUUGUGAUGGUUUCUUCAAUUUUUUUCAUAUUAUUUUUUCUCUCUCUUGGUAAAUAUUGCUGCUUUAUGGUAGUCUUGUGUAUGUUGCACUCUCAUAUUAUUAAUAAAGCCGGAAAGCGUU